AUGAUGAAAACACUAAUUUUACUUAUUUUAGUAACAUUGAGCUAAUGUAUUUAAUAUAAUGAAACAGAGAGCAUUUAAUUAGCAGCUUACUCGCUAUCAAGUUAUUGUAAAUCAGACAAUUUAAGCCCAUAUAACUGUGGUAAAAUAUGCGAAAGAAGUGGUGAAUUGUCAGAUGUAUAAUUUAUGAAUGACUAUGAAUAGAAUUUAUUUGGUUAUAUUGGAUAUUAGCCUUAAAAGAAUUAGAUUUUAGUUGUUUUUAGAGGAUCUAUACUAUCUGACAAAAAGAAUGUGCUGAUUGACUUAGAUAUUCUUAAGAUUAACUACCCUUUUUGUCAAAAUUGCAAAGUUAGUAAGGGAUUCUUAGGCGCAUAUUAAAAAUUGAAAUCACAGGCUAAUAAGCUGAUUUAAGAAUACAAAUAACGAUAUAAUGAUGCCCAAAUAGUAGCCACAGGACAUAGCUUAGGAGCAGCUUUAGCAAGUUUAUUUGUUGUAGAUGUAUUUGAAACAUUUAACUAUUAAGUGGAUUAUAUGUUCACAUUUGGAUCACCUAGAGUUGGAAAUUAACACUUCGCUAACUACUUUAACUAAAUUAUUAGUCCUGAUAAUAAUUUUAGAGUAUUUAAGGGGAAAGACUCUAUAGCUAGGUUUCCCUCAAGUACUAUUGGAUAUAAUCAUUUUGGUUAAGGAGUUUAUUAUGAUGAAUAAGAUAAUUACAUAUUUUGCUAAAACGAAUUUGAUGCUAAUUGUAAUUAGUAUUAUUUCUGGUAACUAAAUUUCGCAGAUCACUAAAAAUAUGUCAAAUGCACCUUUAGCUAAUUUAGAGGCGAUUAAAUGUGUACAGGAUCUAAAAAUGAAAACAUAUGA